GGGGGACACAGGGCAUUGUUUGAAGUAACUAGAAAACACAAAGCAUCUCUAGCUAAUUACUAGUCGUUGAAUCCAUGGCUCCCCCAGCAGCAAAGCUAAGAGAGAUUGGUUUGGAAGGCUUUGCUCUAUGGUGCAGAGGCAGAAGGGCCAGUAGCAAUAAUGGGGUAUUUCCUGCAUCACAAGGACGUUGGGUGGUUCAAGUGCCCAAUGAUGAGAUGGAAGAGCUUGCCUUGAAUAGCAACCAGGUAGCUGCUCGCUUUGGUGGGAUAAUGCUUCUCAAUUGCUUCAAAGGAACACAACAUAGUCGUUGUGGUACACCAAUUCGUACUUGAAGUCUCAUAUGUUAUUAGCUUCAAAUGCGUGCCUCUAUAUAUGACUAUAUAGGCAAACUGCAAAUUCUGCUGUGACUGUGGGACUACAUUUUUAAGUCCUGUUAGUUUGAGGUAAAAUCUAAACUUGAGUAUAAGAAGUCAUAAAAGUAUCUCUUCUACUGUGAGUUUUUUUUUUUUUUUUCCUAAUGUCAAUCUACCUGUGAGUUUGAUCUUUCAUGUUAUGUAAAUGUGUGCAUAUAAAAUAAUAAAUAACUUAAUUAUUAGUAUUUGUUUCGUAUA